CCUUUCACCGUGAGGACAGUAGCCCGGGGCAGUGAGAGACCCGCGAGGGUCACACCACGCUGCGUCGGGAUUACUCCCCGGAACUAUCGCUCGGGGUCCGGUGAAAUGUCACCUCUCCGCCAGGGACGGAGCGAGGGAAGCGCCUUGAGCUCCCCGGAUCCACUCGCAGAGGGGGAAAUUGAGUCCCGAGAGCGCGAGGUUCUUGCGUGAGGUGGGAGCCCAGGAUUCUUUUCUGAAAGGAGUUUUGGCCCCCUCUCCACUUGUCACCAAAAGCUGCCCCCGGAGUCGCAUGACUCCAGGUGACUUUUUACUAGUCUGUUAAUGCAGGUGCAAGCGUGACGUCACUGCCUGGUGACCACCGGACCACUGCCUACCUCCAGAUAAGAAAAUCCAGGAGGAAGAAGGACUUACGGAUCUCCUGCAUGUCCAAGCCGCCGGCGCCCAGCCCCACGCCCCCCCGGAACCUGGACUCCCGGACCUUCAUCACCAUCGGCGACAGGAACUUUGAGGUUGAGGCCGAUGACCUGGUGACCAUCUCGGAGCUGGGCCGAGGAGCCUACGGGGUGGUGGAGAAGGUGCGCCACGCCCAGAGUGGCACCAUCAUGGCCGUGAAGCGCAUCCGGGCCACCGUGAACUCGCAGGAGCAGAAGCGCCUGCUCAUGGACUUGGACGUCAACAUGCGCACAGUGGACUGUUUUUACACCGUCACCUUCUACGGGGCCCUGUUCAGAGAGGGAGACGUGUGGAUCUGCAUGGAGCUCAUGGACACGUCCCUGGACAAGUUUUACCGGAAGGUGCUGGAGAAAAACAUGACGAUUCCAGAGGACAUUCUGGGGGAAAUUGCUGUGUCUAUCGUGAGGGCCCUGGAGCACCUGCACAGCAAGCUGUCCGUGAUCCACCGAGAUGUGAAGCCCUCCAACGUCCUCAUCAACAAGGAGGGCCACGUGAAGAUGUGUGACUUCGGGAUCAGCGGCUACUUGGUGGACUCCGUGGCCAAGACCAUGGACGCCGGCUGCAAGCCCUACAUGGCGCCCGAGAGGAUCAAUCCAGAGCUGAACCAGAAAGGCUACAACGUCAAGUCUGAUGUCUGGAGUCUGGGCAUCACCAUGAUCGAGAUGGCCAUCCUGCGGUUUCCUUAUGAGUCGUGGGGCACCCCGUUCCAGCAGCUGAAGCAGGUGGUGGAGGAGCCGUCCCCUCAGCUCCCAGCUGACCGCUUCUCCCCCGAGUUUGUGGACUUCACCGCACAGUGCCUGAGAAAGAACCCCGCAGAACGCAUGAGCUACCUGGAGCUGAUGGAACACCCUUUCUUCGCCUCGCACAAAACCAGGGAGACCGACAUCGCUGCCUUUGUGAGGGAGAUCCUGGGAGAGGACUCGUAGGGGCGGGGCCUUGGGCACCCCCGCCCCCGGCCCCGCAGCGCCCCCCAGCCUUCUGCUGGGGCAGUGCUUGCCCACACCCGUAAGCUACUGCCACCCUGGCCUUGGGCGCCCGAGAGGAGUCGAGGGGGCUGCUCCUGCCCGACAUGCAGCAGGCCGCCGUCGGUCCCAAGUGCCAAAGAACCAGACCUCGGGGCCCCCCAGUGCCUCUGCCCCUGCUGCUCCCAGGACCCCGAGACCCUGGACUUGGAGGGGCUGCCGCCCUCACGGAGAAGGCAGCGGGGCCUUGCGCAGGCUGCUGCCUGGGCCCAGCCCUGGACUCCAUCCGAGUUGUAUAUUUUUUUAACUCUCGACUGAAUGGACUUUGCACACCUGGCCCAGGUGGGCCACACCUCUGUUCCAGCAUCGGUGGGGGGACGUCAUAGGGGGAUGAGCCACGUGAAUCCCCUGGAGUCCCCCGACAAGGCAGAUGCCAAGCCGCCGAGGCCUUCACCCCAGCCCUGGCAGACAGGCCCUCGAAGGCCACCGGGGCCUCCCAGCCCCGCCUGCUGCCUCUAGGGUGUUGUUUCACUUUUAUUUUUUUAAUUUAUCCUGUUGAUUUUUUUUUUUUCUUUGCUUUGUGGGUUUGGCUGGUUUUUCUUGCAUGGUUUGGAGCCGAUCACUUUUCUGUCACCUGCUAGGGGACCAGCAGGCUAAGACCCGCCCUCUCGCUCAGGCUGGGGUCUAAGGUGAUGGGCCCAAGGUCUCUGCUCAGAGAGGUGCUAGGGGAGCCACCCAGCUCACUCUCCUUGGGGACCGGCUCGGUAGGGGCUGUGGACUUGCUUUUGGUAUUGUUUAAAAAAAAAAAGAAAAUAUAUUUUUUUGAAGAAAGGA